AUGAACCCACAAUGUUCAAAAUGUAAAGCAGCAAUAAGGAAAUAUAACUACUCCGUCAAAGAGAUAGAAAGAAUGCGAAACGACUAUGCAGACUUAAAGAAAGAAGCAGAAAAGCCAGCAGAAGAUAAAAUGGACAUGUUAGCAUUUCUGAACAAAAACUAUCCAACAGUAGAAGAUUUCCUUCUAUCUGACGUCAAGAAGAAAUAUAAAGAGACUUUCGGCAUUGUUAAAACUUUUGAUAUCCUCAGCGAAGAAAUAGAAGCUACAAAACUGUUUAGGAUUUCAAAUAUACAUCGUACAAUUCAUGUAAAACGCUUGUGA